UUCAUUUUAAAUAAUUUCUAUUAGAGAAAAUAGAACUAAAUAAGAAAUAAGGUGUUUCUUUAUUUUUUGGUUAGAGCUAUAUUCACUAACAUGACUACACAGCUAAUGAUAGGAUUUCUGCUCAUUCAGGCACUUUCACAGGUGAUUGAGAACACUGUUCCAGAGGAAAGAAAUAAUCCACAAAGAGUUACAUUUUUGGAGGAAGUGGAUUUCAAUAUCUCUAAUACCCAGAGUGAGAUCAAAGUGGAGAUGGAUGGAACAGUUAAAACAAGACCACAUGAAAGAUUACAAAAUGGAAAGAGCAGUUCUAGGGAUGUUCUAAUGUUUCCUCGUUCUUCAUCUGGCAUUAAAAGACACAAGAGAGAUUGGGUGAUUCCCCCGAUUAAUAUUCCUGAAAAUCAAAGGGGAGUGUUUCCCAAACAAGUGGUGCAGAUUAAAUCCAGCAGGUCAAAGGAAUCCAUUAUAUAUUAUAGCAUAACUGGAUCAGGUGCUGAUUUACCCCCAACAGGACUAUUCAAAAUGGAUAAAACCAGUGGCUGGUUACUAGUAACUGAACCCCUGGACCGAGAGAAACAAUCUGCAUAUGUGCUUACUGUACAUGUUGUUACAAUAAGUGGGAAUAUAGCAGAGGAUCCUAUGGAAAUUAUUGUAAUUGUGCUGGAUCAAAAUGACAACGAACCUGAAUUUAUCAGCAAUACCUUUAUAGGGUAUGUAAGCGAAGGAUCACAGCCAGGUACAUCGGUUAUGACUGUAACUGCUAUUGAUAAAGAUGAUCCUAAUACAGACCAUGGUAUGUUUAAGUUUUCAAUUCUGAGCCAGACCCCACCUGUUCCCUAUCCACAAAUGUUUACCAUUGAUCAAGAUACUGGGACCAUUAGUGUCAUCUCAGCUGGACUGGAUAGAGAGAAAGUGAGUGAAUAUACAUUAAUACUCCAAGUUGCAGAUAUGAAUGGAGUUGGACUCACAAAUACUGCUACUGCUCCAUCACUGUUCUUUACCAUGACAGUGCUCCACAGUUUAAUCCAACAAAUUAUCGUCAAAACGUUCCAGAAAAUACUGUGGACUUUGAGGUUGUGAGGCUGAUAGUGACUGAUAAAGAUAAGCCUCACACGCCAGCUUGGAAUGCCAAAUACCGGAUUGUUAAAGGGAAUGAUGGAGGCAAAUUUGGCGUUACUACAGAUCCAGAUAGUAACGGUGGAAUUGUUAAAACUAUUAAGGGUCUUGAUUUUGAAGCCAACCGUCAAUAUAUACUUCUCAUCACAGUUGAAAACGAGAUGCCAUUUUCCACUCCCUUACCAACUUCCACAGCUACUCUUACAGUCACAGUCGAGGAUGUUAAUGAGGCUCCAAUCUUUAAUCCACCAAUGCUGACAGUUCCUGUUAAUGAAUAUCUUCCUGUAAACAGUUUAGUAGCCAAUUAUUUGGCAACAGACCCAGAUAUAGAGAAGCAGCAGACUGUAACAUACAAAAUGAAAUAUGAUCCUGAAAACUUCAUGAAAGUUGAUGCAACAGAUGGAUUAAUUUUUCUUGAUAGAAAAAUACAAAGAUUUUCACCUUUUAUCAAAGGAGAAAAAUAUACUGCCCUGAUUACAGCUGCUGAUAAUGGUCAACCACCUAUGACUAGUACUGGCACCAUUCAACUAAUAAUCAGUUUCUCUGAACAAAGUCAGUUUUGCAUCAGAUAUUAAGUUGUUCAGCUACCCUCUUCAAUAUUUUCAAAAUAUGUGCUCAAGUGUAAAAAUCCCCUGUACUGUAUACAGUUAUGCAAUAUCCUUGUUAUACGCAUACUCUUAUAUGAAGUGCUAUUAUUCAUUUUCUGGAAACCGCAAAUGCUAAUUUUAACUUUAAAAACAAAUUAUUUCUAACUGCUUAAUAACUAAAAAGUAUGUUUUGGAAUAGAAGUUAUAAGAUCUAAAUAGUUUUUCUUCUCUGUAGCUGAAAAGUAGGCUACAAAACUACCCAUAUAUUGUACACAUUGCAUAUACAGUAAUGUAGUUCAUAGUUAUUCCUAAAUUUUGAAAUGUUCAUCUUUUUAGCUGAUUUGCAGAAUGAUUAAAACAAAGUGUGACUCUUUUUUUUAAUAUAUGAUAACAGUGUAAAAUGUUCAUCAACAUCAGGAUGAAUUUUAAAAGGGGAAUCAGUUACUCCUGCCCUGCGGUGAGCUGGCGCCCUGCCCAGGGUUUGUUUCCUGCCUUGUGCCCUGUGUUGGCUGGGAUUGGCUCCAGCAGACCCCUGUGACCCUGUAGUUAGGAUAUAGUGGGUUGGAUAAUGGAUGGAUGGAUGGAAUCAGUUACUCCCAUCUUUAACUUCAGUACUAUUCUUAGUAAGCCUGUGGUACAAAAUAAAAGUAAGUCAAUCUGACUGACUCCCAUCAACGCUGCCUGUCAAUCUGUGUAUUUUCUGAACUUUCUUUUUUCAUUAAAAUGAUCUCAGUGACAUCACAUG